AUGUCCGAUCUUCCAAGGGAUUUGGCAGAGGAUGUGAUCAUAAGGCUUCCGAUGACAUCUAUGAGAGCAGUGCGGUCUGUUUGCAAAGAGUGGAACACUUUAUCCAAGGAUAGCUUCUUUACGAAGAAACACAUUGCUCAAGCAAAAGCUGCAGCAGCAGAGGAGUUUAAGGUGGUCAUGGUGAUGGAUUCUCGUGUUUAUUUGAUGGGCAUCAAUCUUUCUAAGGACGUUGACCCAACUAUAAACUGUCACGCUACACUUAUUAGCCUAGACGAUUCGAAUCAAGUCGAUAUAUCUAGAGUCUAUCACUGCGACGGUUUAGUCUUAUGCAUCACAAAAGACUUGACUAGGCUCGUUGUAUGGAACCCGUAUUGGGGUCAAACCUUGUGGGUCAAGCCCAAAAGACUUCACCAUAGUCCGAACAUGUAUAAGUAUGCUAUUGGAUACCAGAAUAGCAAAUCAGGCCGAAACACGAAAGCUUCAAGGUGGGUUGUUUGUUGA